AUGGUAUCCAAGAAGACCAAGAAAAAUAGCGGGAGCUCUAAGAGGAGCGACGCGGAAGUCGGUGGUAGUUCCAACCGUCAAGAUGCGGUCAAAACUGAUCAAAAAACGGGCCAAAAAGCAGGUCAGGACGAUGCAAAAUUGCAGAAAGACACUAAAAGAUACAACUUCGUGGUGCGUACGGUGUGGACUUUCAUCAUGAUCAGUGGGUUUUUCAUCACGCUGGCGUCAGGUCAUUUCUGGUGUGUGCUGCUGAUCCUGGCAUGCCAAAUUGCAGCGUUCAAAGAGUGUAUUCGAGUGACGUCGAUUUCGAGUCGCGAGAAAAACCUGCCGUUGACGCGAACACUGAACUGGUACCUGCUGUUCACGACCAUUUACUAUCUGGACGGACGGUCGAUCUUCAAGUUUUUCCAGUACUACUUUAUUCAUUACCGGGUGCUGAACCUGGUGUCGACCAACCAUUUGUUCAUCUGCUAUUGUCUGUACGUGCUUGGAUUUGUGUUCUUCGUGUGCAGUCUCCGUAAGGGUCAUCUGAAGUUCCAGUUCGGCUCGCUGUGUGUGACACACAUGGUUCUGCUGUUGGUGGUGUUCCAGGCGCAUCUCGUGAUUAACAACGUCUUGAAUGGAUUGAUUUGGUUCCUGCUGCCCUGUGGGCUUGUGAUCGUCAACGACAUUUUUGCAUACCUGUGCGGAAUCACAUUCGGCCGCACCAAGCUGAUCGAGAUCUCGCCCAAGAAAACGCUGGAAGGGUUCUUGGGUGCUUGGAUUUUCACCGGAAUCGCCAGUGUGCUGCUCACGCGGCUGCUAACUCCCUUCACUUACAUGACUUGCCCUGUAAAAGACAUCAACACCAACUUUUUCACGCCGCUAACCUGCGACUUGAACCCAGUCUUUCUGCCGCAGGACUAUAGAUUGCCUCCCAUUGUGUUUGAGAAAUUUGGGGUCAGCACUAUCACCAUGAAGCCUAUUUAUUUGCACGCGCUAAACCUAGCGACCUUUGCAUCGUUGUUUGCACCCUUUGGAGGAUUUUUUGCUUCGGGUCUAAAAAGAACUUUCAAAGUCAAAGACUUUGGUCAAUCGAUUCCCGGCCACGGCGGUAUCACCGACAGGGUCGAUUGUCAAUUUCUCAUGGGGUCCUUCAUGAACCUGUACUACGAAACUUUCAUCAGCGAAAAGAGAAUCACGGUUGAAACUGUGAUCUCAACCAUCUUACUAAACUUCAAUGAAAGACAGAUCUUGGAACUCAUCAAAAUUCUGAACGAGGUCCUGUACAGUAAUGGAUUCAUUAGUGAUAAAGUUUAUGGUAAGCUUUUGGACCUGUAUAAUAUUUAA